GCUCAAAUGAAAGGAGGGACAGUAGUAUAAUAUGAUGAUGUUAAUAAGAGAUUCAGAGGCAGACUGAAGCUGGACAAGAUGACUGGAUCACUGACCAUCACAAAGAUUGAAGCUGAACACACUGGACUCUAUAAACUACAGAUCAUCAGCAGCAGAGGAACCUUGUACAAGAAAUUCAAGGUUUCAAUACAAACGAGGUAUGUGGCAGUGACUGCGGGAGAUUCUGUCCAUCUAAACACUGAUCUUACUGAAAUACACACUGAUGAUGAGAUACAGUGGAGGUUUGGAGAUGAAAACUCUCUCAUCGCUGAAAUCAAAGGAGGGACUGGAGUGACACAUGAUGGUCCUGAUGAGAGAUUCAGAGACAGACUGGAGCUGGACGAGACGACUGGAGAUCUGACCAUCAAGAACUCUACAGAUGAACAUACUGGACGUUAUAAACUGAAGAUCUGCAGCAGUGAAGGGAACACAAACAGGACAUACAUUGUUAUUAUCAGAUCGAGGUUUGUGGCAGUGGCUGCGGGAGAAUCUGUUCAUCUAAACACUGCUCUUACUAAAAUACAGACAGAUGAUGAGAUACAGUGGAGGUUUGGUGAUAAAAACUCUCUCAUCGCUAAAAUCAAAGGAGGGACUGGAGAGACACGUGAUGGUCCUGAUGAGAGAUUCAGAGACAGACUGGAGCUGAACAAGAAGACUGGAGAUCUGAUCAUCAAGAACUCUAGAACUAAACAUACUGGACGUUAUAAACUGAAGAUCAGCAGCAGUGAAGGGAAGACAAACAGGACAUACAUUGUUAUUAUCACAGCGAGGGAGAAAUCAUUGUUGAAGGAAAAGACUGAUUGCGCAGAGGAGCGAGUGAAUGAAUCAGUGACUGUAGAGAUGCCGCUGCUGAAUGGAGAGGAUCCUGAUGGGGUGAAUGAGGAGGGGACAAGUUCACUUUAAUAAAAUAAGACCCGCCCACAAGUGUCAAUCACUCUGACAUCAUCAGCAUUCAGCUCCAGCUACAACACAAACAUUUUUCUGUUUUUAUAAGCCUCUAGAAUAUGUCCAGUGAAAGCGAGAAAUGUUAAACUCACAUGUAAAAGCUUCUUUGUCAUUUUAAUAAUGUUACACUUAAUACCUGUUACUUAAUUAACAUAAUGCUAGUUGGACUCAGUUUUGAUUUUGACAGAAAGUGUCAUAUGUGCUUUGUAUGUUUUACCACUGCAGUGUUUCUCUAACCAUUGUAUUCUUUGUUUUUAUAUAAUAAGCACCAGUACCAGAUUAAUGUUGAGGUUCAGUAUUGGUCAAAGUCUCUUUUCAAAGCUCUGUAUUCAAGCUGAAGCAUUUGAAAUUAGCUUUAUUGCACUUGUAGCAAAAACAUGGAAAUUCACAUCUGUUCGGUUUUAGUAGUGAUUUGAUACCACAUGUGUUGUGCUUUGUGUUGUUUUAUUAAAUUUGACAACAGCAUCUGCUUGAUGAAUAAUGUUUGUGUGAUAGAUAUUGACAUAUUGAUCUUAAUGUUGGAUAAUUUCUGUCCUCUAGUGGACAAACACUGAUACAGCUUUUGCUUCCUAACAGCUGUCUUUAAAUGCAACACACAAACAAUGUGCCUCAAUACACAUAGGCUCCCAGAUAUCAAUAAGCAGUACAGCUGUUUUCAUCGAAGAAGAAGGGUAAUGUUGUAAAUAAAUAAACAAAAAAGAGACACAUAUCAACAUGACUGUCAGUUAAUAUACAAAGGUUUCAAGAAACGAGAUAAUUUAAAAUGGUAAAAACUGCUAAAAUGUUACAGUUAAAUACUAGCAAUGUAUAUGUUGUUUGCAUAUGGCUUUAUUUAAUCAGAAUACACAAAUUCGUUUUGAAUGGCCUUCAA